AUGUCUGAUACAUCUCGUCAACGACUCUGGCGUACUUCACUGAAAGGACUCAUCAUGGUUGCCAUUAAUUCCCUUCUCUUCUUGCUGACUUUGGGCGCGGGGGCUGUUGCUUCUGCCGCAAAUCCUUCUUUGGUCUGUGCUACGGACCUCGGAACCAAGUCUGUCAAGAGCAUUCCCACUACAACAUCCACCACCGUAAAGAAGGUUACCAUCAUCAAGAAGGUUAUCCGUAAGGUCAACAUUAUUGUUGUUCCUAUCGCCAAGACGACCACUGUCUUCACCACACAAUUUGUCACCGUGACUACGACGGCUAAUCCUGACACCAAGACCGCUACUAGUACUAUCAUUUCCAAGUCCACUCUAGAGAGCACCAGAAUAGCCACCGCCACUACAACAAGCACCAGCACAACGACUUCCACCAGAUUUAUUACUUCGACGGUUGCAGAGCCUGCCGGUUUCACCGCCAUCCUUGACGAUCCACUUUAUGUAGCAAAGCGAGAUGCUAAGAAGGUUGGAAAGCUCGAGAUGCUCUCCGCUCAGGCUUCUUCUCUCUACCCUCAGCGUGUCAGCUGCGUGAGGGAAGUCCCUUCUUACUCUACCAAGAUCGUCAGUACGACAGUGCAAGGAGGCCGAACCACCCUCAAGGCCGCAACUAAGACAAAGGCAUCGACCGUUACUACUACUAUCACCUCUGUCGAGUAUCCCGACGAUGUCAGCACCACUGUGACAACGACUGUCAGCGAUACUGUUACUGAUUACACGGAUUUCACCACGACAAUCUCCUUGACUCAGACUGUCACGAUUGAGAACCAGGUGCCCCAGUCAACCAUUUAUGACGCAUGCAGAAGCGAGAAUAUCCUCGUCUCAGCCAAUGGAGGAGGCCGCGUUGUUGCUUGGGUCGAUGUCACGUCUGACACUAUCCCUACUAUUUUUGGUGACGGCUACACUCCUGCCGCAUGCUGUGCGGAGUGCGUCAAGCGAUCUAACUGCCGUAUCGGCAUCUUGGGUAAACUGUCCGGUUAUGACUUCACUACAAGCACUACGUGCGCGGUUUUCCUCGCUAGCGACACGUCCAAAUGCGCUGAUGGGCAGCAACCUUUGUUUGCUAGAUAUGUCACGACAAAUAACUCGCCACUGCAACCUCAGUACAUCUAUAGUAACGGGCCCUGUGGUCAGCUCAAGAAUGGUGGCGAUCUCAGCAACUACUAA